AUGAAGCAAAGCUCACCGGACUUCAAGAUUGUGCCAUUUCCUCCUGACUUCAAGGUGCAAAAUGGACGACUCAGUGUGACACCCUAUGAGACAAGCAGGACAGUGAAUAUCAAGAUGCGCUGGCGUGGUCGCAAGCUACACGAGGUCAUGGGAGAAUUUGGCUAUGACCAUGACUAUGUGGAAGAAGCAACGCGGGCAGACCACCUUCAGCUGAAUGGCCGUCAUUGUGAACCAGCAGACGUGCUUGAAAAUGGAGAUGUCUUGAAGCACAGCUACCUGGUGCAGGAGCCAAGCGUAGUGGAAGAUCCAAUCCUCGUUCUGGCAGAGAAUGAACACGUUUUGGUCGUGAAGAAACCAGCAGGUUUGCCAUGCCAUCCGCAGGGCAAGUACCAGCGAUGCUCCUUGACAGAGAUCAUACGUGCUUCACAUUUGGAGGACAAGAGUUCCUACUUGCAUCCAGUGAAUCGAUUGGACAGACAGACAUCAGGUGUCGUCAUUCUGGCCAAAUCGAGAAAAGCUUACAUGGCUUUGGCACAAGAGCAUGGCCUGGGCUUGCGGAAGGUCUACGUUGCGCGGGUGUGCUCUGAAUUGGAUUUGAUGGCAGCUGCCCGACAUUGGCCGCAAUCAGUGGAGGUGAAGUCCGAUGGCAAGGAGUUGGUUUGCAAAUUGCCACUUCGUGUGGAGAAGCACGUGGCAAAUCAACCGCUGAAGGUGCUUGUCGACUUGAGUGACGGCAAAGCAGCAGAAACACGCUUUUACACCUCGAGCAGUGAUCUAGUGUUUUGCCUUCUGGAGACUGGGCGCACUCAUCAAAUCCGUGUGCAUUUGGCUGCUUUGGGCUGCCCAAUUGUUGGCGACUCCCUUUAUGGUAGCGCUGCGGAGAACGAGGAUAACAUGUGCCUCCAUGCAGCUGCUUAUUCAUUGACCAGUGCAACCUCUCUGAAGGCCCUGGAUUUGCUUCCGACGCCCGUGCCUGUCACCUCGCAGAUCCCAGGCCUUUCUGAAAUCCUUCCUGGUGGUGAUGCGACGACGUACAUGAGCACAGAUCCGGCCUGGUUUGGGACAAGGUGA